AUGGGGCUGAUAAGCAGCAAGUAUCAGAUGCGGGCUGAGCAAGAAAAGAAAGUGGAAGAACCUGAAGUCACAAUUCUGGAAGAUUCAUCAGACGAACCAAAGAUUAUUCCGGCCACUCCACCACGAUCUACAGAAUCAGAGUCACAACCUACUACACCUGCCAGCGUCUUCUUCUCAUCACCUGUGGCUGCUUCAUCUCCUCUCACAUGUUUUGGCAAGGCGACUUCUGCAGCUUCUCAUAGAGCUGACCGCAAAGAAGGAGAUUUGGAUGAUGGAAUGAGAACCACAGCAUCACCUGCCGCUGUGCCUGUAGUGGUGUUAGAUGAAGAGACUCGAAUGAGUGCUGACAUCAGUGUUGCUGAUGGAGACAUGGAUACUAGGAGUGGUGGUCUGGAAGCAGAUAGUCGGCCCAGCACUCCUCCUCAAGCCAUUUUGCCUCCCUCGGAGGCCCCACCUUCACAUUCUGCAGACAACGGCACCGCUGUGGAUGUGGAGUUGCUGAGAGAGGGAGAGGAUGCAGCAGCUGGAGGUGCUGGGGCUGACGCAGGCCCUGCGGCUGCUCCACCUGCAGCAGGAGCAGUACCUGGGGGAGAGGAGAGCCAGGGCAGUGCUGUUAGUAGUGCCACUGCAGACAGUACGCCAGGAGUUCGGCGAAACAAGUGUCGUAUGGAAGUGUGCGAUCCAGAUGCGAAGGACUUUACAGUGGAUAUGCUGGCAGAGUAUCAGUGGCCCCCUGGUCGCACUGGGGAGCCUCUGAUGUUGCAAGAGCAGGUUGCAGAGUAUCUGGGGGUCAAGUCCUUCAAGCGGAAGUACCCAGAUGUCCAACGGCGAGCCGUGGAAGCAGAAGAGAAGACAUUCCUACGAGAAAAGGGGUUUGACUGCAAUCAGCAGUGUGGAAGUUUUGGACAUAAGUUCACUGAUUUCCCAGAGAAGUAUGAAGAAUACAAGAAGACAUCUGCGAGAGCGAAGCCAAGAAAUGUCUUUGAAGCAAAAAUAUACACCCCAGCUGAACUUCGCUACUUCCCAUUAAAUACUGUGCUCUAUGGACCAAUGAAGCCCAAUGAACGUCAAGAAACAGGAGGUGGCUCCGAUGGCAGUCAGUCUGAAUCUGAUGACUCCAGUUCCUCAGAUGACUCUAGCAGCAGCUCAUCAAGUGAAGGUACUCAAGACACUGAAGAAACUGGCUCAACUGCUGGUGAUGCUGAAAUGGACAAUGUUGCCGGAGGGGGCAGUGCCAACGGCGGCAGCAAAGGUGAAAGUGCAUCCGCACCUGAUGCAACACAGAGUUCUGCACAAGUCAACGGACGCAGCACUAUUAGCACAGGGAUAGGCUCUGCAGAGAAGUUGGCAAUGAAGGAGGAAGCAGCCAUCUGCAAAGUGUGUGGUGGAGAUCGCAACCGAAACAAAGAAGGCAACUCCGAAGUUCUCAUCCAUUGUGCUACUUGCACAUCGAGUUGUCAUCCUAGUUGUUUGGAUUUGACAUUGGACAUGGUGCCUCAUAUAAAGAAAUAUGACUGGCAGUGCACUGAUUGCAAAAUUUGCAUUCAGUGCAAAGACCCUGCAGAUGAAGAUAAGAUGCUUUUCUGUGAUAUGUGUGACCGGGGGUACCACAUCUACUGCGUGGGGCUGCGCCGCGUGCCGAGCGGGCGCUGGCACUGCCGCGAGUGCGCCGUGUGCGGCAACUGCGGCGUGCGCGAGCCAGGCCCCGGCCCAGACGCCGCUUGGCAGCACGAGCUGGGCCCCGCCCCCGGCCCCGCGCCUGGCCCCGCGCUGCGGCUGUUGCAGUACAAGAAGGCUGAGCACAAGGGCACGCCCCCGGGCCCGGCCAACGCGCGCGUCUACGCCCAGACGCUCUGCAUCGCCUGCUCCAAAUUGUGGCGCCGUGGACGAUACUGCCAGCUGUGUUGGCGAUGUUUUGAUGCCAAGACUGACGAUGACGCUGGACUCAUAACUUGCAGUGUCUGUGACAAGAUGAUGCAUCCAGGUGUGGAACUGGACAAAGCAAAUUUCCUUUGUGAGAUCUGUCAAGAGAAAGGGCAUCAAGCUCGGGCAUCAUCUUUAAAACUUUCUAUGCGGCCUGUCGUUAAGAAAAGAGUAGAUUUGUGAAAUGAAGUAACAGUAAGUGAAAUGAAGUACAGUAAUUUUGUGUUCAGAUUGAACUGAAUUGUGCACUAAAGUAUCAAAGUUUCCCAUCUUACAUAAAAUGAUGGAAUUUUAU